GGUUUGCGUGCUUAAACACAGUGGAGUACUUCGUAUGUUGCAUCUACGACUUCCCGUUGUGCCCCUUCGUUUCCCACGUGACAUUUAUAAGGCUCCUCGUUACCUGGCGUGUCAUUUGGGAUUCUGCGACCUAUUUUUACUGGGCUAAUAAAUCAGGCUUGCUACCUGCUGUAUAUAUAAAGGGCUCCACGUUGAAUGGGAGUCAUUCAUUCUGAGUGGAAAAACGAGGAGCUCCACCUGGGAAAUGAGACUCUCUCACUUGGGACGAACAUGGUGAAGAUACUGGAGAUCGGAGGACAGCCUACUGAUGCAGAGGAAGAUGACGACUGCUGCGAGAUCAACCCUGCCGAGUUCGCAAAGAAGGUCAAUCUCAAAUCAGACGAUGAUGAAGUGGUAAUUGUUGCUGCGAAGGGACAGAUCAAAGUGAAGGUGGAAAUAGAUCAAUCGGGGCACGCUGCAGAAACUUUUGUUGGCAACCUGCAUGAAUGCGCUGCUGGCUAUUCCUUGGAAAACCCGUAUGAGAUCGAAGAUGAUGAACCUAGCGUCCGGCAGAUUGAAUCUGUUGAGGCCAAACCUGAUGCGGUAUGCAUUCUUGACAAUAGCAAGAUCGAUGCUCUUGUCAAAAGCGCUACUGACAAGAGCAAGAUCGAUGUUCUUGCUGAUGCCAAGAGCAUCCCUGAGGAAAUCGCAAUCGAUGCUGCUGCUGAUGUCAAAUGCAUUCCAGACGAGAACAAGACCAAUGUUCUCGCUCAUGUCAAAUGCAUUCCAGACGAAAACAAGAUCGAUCCUCUUGGUGAUGUCAAAUGCACUACUGACAAGAGCAAGAUCGAUGUUCUUGCUGAUGCCAAGAGCAUCCCUGACGAGAUCAAAACCGAUGCUGCAGAUGUCAAAUGUAUUCCAGACGAGAACAAGGUUGAUGUUCUCGCUGAUGUGAAAUGCCUUUCGGACAAGAAUCCGGUGAAGUUUGGAAACUUUGAGGUGUUCAUUCAGGACAUGUUGCCUGUGAAGUGCGAGCAUGAAGACAGCAAUGGUAUUGAUGAAGGUGUUGAAGAAGAAGAUGCUUAUUAUGAUCACAUCCCUGAGAUGGAUGGUGUCAACCUCGAGGAGUACCUUGGACCUGGAGGAGGAGUUUUUGACGAGGAAGACAGUGAUGAUUUCGUUGUUGUAGGGAGAGAGUCUCUGUGAACUGGCUUUUAUUUUAUUUUUUGCCUCUUUCCGCUAUGUAUUCAGUGAUUUAAGUAUGCUUGGCAAGAGAAAAACGAUGUACCGAUCUCCUUCAAAUCAGAGUACAAUUGAUGAAAAUUUCUUGUGGCUUGAA